AGGACAGACAGCGAGACGGUCCCUGCAGCGCCUCGCAGUCUCACCGGGCAAGAUGGCUACUGGUGUGCUGGGAGGCUUCGGCCAGAAACUACUCUCUACUGCCUUCUGUGGUGGGUCUCGCAGCAUUCUGAAGAACGCUGCCACGACCUACUAUGCCAGUCGCCGUGGAGGAGCAACCUGGUUCCCAGAUUAUGAUUGGAUGCGGCAGUUUGAAGGACCUAUUCUUCUGCCACCAGAAGAUAGGGACAAGAUUCCUCCCCCAGAAUGGACCCAGAGUAAGGCUCCUGUUGAGAAAAAGGUCCGCAAUGUGACCAUCAACUUUGGGCCACAGCACCCAGCAGCCCACGGUGUGCUGAGGCUGGUGCUGGAGCUGGAUGGUGAGACUGUGAUGCGUGCUGAUCCUCACAUUGGGCUGCUGCACCGAGGGACAGAGAAGCUGAUUGAGUACAAGACGUACACUCAGGCUCUUCCAUACUUUGACCGCCUUGACUAUGUGUCCAUGAUGUGCAACGAGCAGGCAUACUCACUGGCUGUGGAGAAGCUGCUUGGUCUUGAGGCACCCAUCAGGGCCAAGUACAUCCGCACCAUGUUUGCUGAGGUGACACGUAUCCUGAACCACUGCAUGUUUUUGGGAGCUCAUGCUAUGGAUGUGGGGGCUCUCACACCCUUCCUGUGGCUCUUUGAGGAACGCGAGAAGAUGAUGGAGUUCUACGAGAGAGCGUCCGGUGCUCGUCUUCAUGCUGCCUACUGCCGCCCUGGUGGAGUGGCCAUUGACAUCCCAAUUGGCCUCAUGGAUGAUAUCUAUGAGUUCAUCAGCAAGUUUGGAGAGCGACUGGAUGAGGUGGAGGAUGUGCUCACCUCUAAUCGCAUCUGGAAGCAAAGAACCAUUGGCAUUGGCACAGUUACAGCUGAAGAUGCUCUCAAUUAUGGCUUUAGUGGUGUUAUGCUGCGAGGCUCUGGCAUCAAGUGGGAUCUGCGCAAGACUCAGCCAUAUGAUGCCUAUGACCUGGUGGAUUUUGAUAUCCCUGUUGGAAAGAAUGGAGACACAUAUGACAGGUAUUUGAUUCGUGUGGAGGAAAUGAGACAGUCACUGAGAAUCAUUGAGCAGUGUCUGAACCAGAUGCCGCCCGGGGAGGUGCGCGUGGAUGAUGCCAAGGUGGCCCCUCCCAAGAGAGCAGAGAUGAAAACAUCAAUGGAGGCUCUGAUCCAUCACUUCAAGGUGUUCACCCAGGGGUACCAGGUGCCUCCUGGUGCCACCUACACUGCUGUGGAGGCACCCAAGGGAGAAUUUGGAGUGUACCUGGUUUCUGAUGGCUCAUCUGUACCUUACAGAUGCAAGAUCAAGGCCCCAGGAUUUGCUCACUUGGCUGGUACGGAUAUGGUGGGCAAGAAUCACAUGCUGGCAGACAUUGUGGCCAUCAUUGGAACUCUGGACAUCGUGUUUGGUGAGGUGGAUCGUUAAGAAAGGUGUGUUUGCUCCCAGUGGCAGUCUGCUGAAGACAAGUAAUCAAGGAAGUUAAUGCAAGGUUAUUGUUACAGUUCACAUCUAGAUAAAAUUGUUGUGCAGAAAUCUAUUAGAAAAGUGUUUUUGGGAUGAGCAUUCUUUCUGUAUUUAUCAAAAUGUUUCCUUGUAUCUUUGUAAAUAUCUAAAUAACCAAUACUGGAAAUAUAGUAAUUACUUAUAUAA